CGCGCGGGCCGGGCCGGGCCGGGCCGGGACAGGGGAGGCGGUGGCGGCGGGCCUGGCCCCGGGAUGGCGAUGUUCCGCAGCCUGGUGGCCUCGGCUCAGCAGCGGCAGCCGCCGGGCGGGCCCGCGGGCGGCGACAGCGGCCUGGAGGCGCAGUACAGUUGCCCCAUCUGCCUGGAGGUCUACCACCGGCCGGUGGCCAUCGGCAGCUGCGGCCACACGUUCUGUGGGGAGUGCCUCCAGCCCUGCCUGCAGGUGCCGUCCCCCCUCUGCCCGCUGUGCCGCCUGCCCUUCGACCCCAAGAAGGUGGACAAGGCCACCCACGUGGAGAAGCAGCUUUCGUCCUACAAGGCACCCUGCCGGGGCUGCAACAAGAAGGUGACACUGGCCAAGAUGAGGGUACACAUCUCCUCCUGCAUGAAGGUCCAGGAGCAGAUGGCCAACUGUCCCAAGUUCGUCCCCGUGGUGCCCACGUCCCAGCCCAUCCCCAGCGCCAUCCCCAACAGGUCCACCUUCACCUGCCCUUACUGCGGUGCCCGCAACCUGGACCAGCAGGAGCUGGUGAAGCACUGCGUGGACAACCACCGCAGCGACCCCAACCGCGUGGUGUGCCCCAUCUGCUCAGCGAUGCCCUGGGGCGACCCCAGCUACAGGAGCGCCAACUUCCUACAGCACCUGCUCCACCGGCACAAGUUCUCCUACGACACCUUCGUGGACUACAGCAUCGACGAGGAGGCCGCCUUCCAGGCUGCCCUGGCCCUGUCUCUCUCGGAGAACUGAAGGCGCAGCCCAGCCACCGGGACCAAGCGCUCCUGCCUCGAGGGACAGGGCUGUGCUGGCUCUGUGCGGCCCAGCGCCUGCAUGGGACCGCGCCUCGUGGGCCAGGUGGAGCCUCCGUUGUUGCAAGAGGAGGGGUCCCCGAGCCUACCAGAGGCCGGCAGAGACCACGGUGCCCUCGCCGUCAAAGGACGGCUGCCUGUGCUCCUGGCCGAGCGUCGCUGGUUUCUUCGGUGCUUCAGGCUGAGCAGGUGGCCCUCGCAGUGCCGGCCUGUGGGGGCUGAGAGCAGCUGGCUGUCUGUCUGUCUCAAAGCCAUGAUGUCCUCCCCAUGCCGGGAGGACCCACUGCUGAGCAGGGAAGCGUGGGAGGGGUCCGAGCUGCCCACCCGGCCUCUGGCAGCACCUCCCCCUGUGCCCUUGGUACUGGCUUUGUGAUACCUGGAGAUCCUGGCACUUUUUCUAUAUUAUCUGGUGUGAUGACCUUUUCACAUUUUAUAGAGCAAAGACAGAGCAGUUACUCUUCCUAUUGCAAUAUCUGUGUUUGAUUAGGAACAAUAGUAUUUUUAUGGAACAUUUACAAAAUUAUAUUUUUUAAAAAAACGAUCAAAAAUAAGCAGUUUUGGUCUUGGUGCAGGGGAGGGAAGGAGAGAUGGGGCAAACGCUGCAGCUGAGAUGAGCUGCAGGGCAUCACUUGUGCGCAGGACCGAAGUGGCCGCGUCCCCAGGUCACCUCACCGUUCUCCCGGGUUCCUCUGGUCAGCCUGUCGGUUUCCCUUUGAUAAUAACCAGGAAGAAAUAUCAAAGCCCCCGGCCACUUGCAGCGGCUGGGUCUGCUCUGAGGCCUCCCCAGUGGUGCAGAGGCCUCCUCCUGCCUGCGGUCCUGGCCUCGGCCCCACUGUCGUGUUUCCAAAGCUGACCACAGCCCUCCUCAGGCAGGGCCGCCCCUAGCAGUGGCAGAGCUCGGGGGCCUGGUCGGGGUGGGCUUGGCCAGUGGUGGGUCCAGCCAGAAAGCACUCAUCAGUACUCGUUCGGUUCAUGGCAUAAAUUAUUGCUGUCUUUAAAAAAAUUUAAAUAAAAUGUUUCAAAGCAUCUA